CAGUGGUAGGGAGAGAAGUGCCACGACUCCAAAGCGCUCGGGUUGAGUCCGUGUGUGGAUCGGCGGGCAGGGUGAACAGCCAGGGGGAAAAAAAUACGGGGUGGCUGAAGGACAAGGAUAGGGAAGCAUCUCUCACACGAUCUGCACCGCACCACAGUUAGAUUCAACAUCCCAGGAGACAGAGACCCCACCACCCACCCCUCCACAGGCUUGUCUCACGUUCGAGGUUUUAUACAAAUCAAAUCUUUAAGCAGACAUGGACAUGUACGACCCACAAACCUUGGGUUUCAUGGUGUUUGGUGGCUUCAUGGUCAUCUCUGCCAUUGGAAUUUUCUUGGUCUCCACCUUCUCCAUGAAGGAAACGUCCUACGAAGAAGCGUUGGCAAAACAGAAGAAAGAGCAGGAAAAGGCUCAACAAGCUAAAUCUGAAAAGAAGAAGAAAGAAAAAUCUGUGGAGAAGAAAGGAAAACCAAAGAAAAGAGACGAGAAACCCAAUGGGAGAAUCCCAGAAGCUGAGCCCAUGCAGGAUGUCUCAGAAGCCGAAGUCGAAGUUGAACCUGUUACUGUGCCAACUAUUGAGCAUCCUAUUAUGGCCGUUUCAUCUCCUCUUCCUCCUGAGUCUUCUCCCCCAGCCUCCAAAGAAAAGAGGAAGAAGGAAAAAAAGGUUGCCAAAGUUGAACCUGCCCCAAAUCCUGUUUCAGCCCAUGCUGCAGUCGGCAGCUCCUCUAAACAAGCUCCUGUGCCUGCGGUGGAAAUGGUUACUAGGGAAGUGCCUGUAAUGGCAGUCCCGCCUGUGGGUGCCCAGCAGGUUGCACCCAUUGCUGCUACUCCUUCUCCUGGAGGUGCCAAAAAGAUUGAAGCAACUCCCAACCAAGAUGAAGCAAAACAAGAUGCCCCAGCCAAGAAGAAAAUUGCAUCUAAGAAAAAGCCCGAGCCCAUCAAUGUUCCUGCUGACACCUUGGAUGGCCCUCUCUACAUUCCUUACAAAACCCUGCUUUCCACAGUGAGCAGUAUGGAUUUCAGCGAGGGGGAGGCCCAGCAGCUCAUCGAGAUCCUGAUGGACAAGGCUGGCAUUGUGCAGGACACCUGGCACACAGCUACUCAAAAAGGAGACCCAGUAACAGUUCUGAAACGCCAACUGGAUGAGAAAGAGAAGCAGCUUGUAGCAGAGCAAGAGGAUUCCAGUGCAGCCAAAAGCAAGCUUCGGGAAGUCAACAAGGAACUUGCAGCUGAAAAAGCCAAAGCCUCAGCCAAUGAAACAAAACUAAAGGAGCAGUUGACGAUGCGGGAGGAGGAGCUAAAUGCGAUGCAGACCCGUAUGCAGGCCAGUUACCAGGACCAUGUGGCUGAGACACAGCAACUACAGGCUAAGAUCCGAGGGCUCCAAGAACAGCUGGAGAAUGGACCAACAGCCCAGAUAGCCAGGCUGCAGCAAGAGAACUCCAUUUUAAGAGAUGCCCUCAACCAGGCAACAAGCCAGAUUGAAAGCAAGCAGAAUGCCGAACUGGCUAAAUUGCGGCAGGAGUGUGCCAAACUAACCAAGGAGCUGAGUGAGAAGUCAGAGGCCCUCCAGCAGGAUGAGCAGCAGAGGAAGGUUCUGGAGGGCAAAGCCAGCAAGUAUGAGCAGCAGCUUACUGAGCUUCAGUCAAAUCAGCAAGAGACAGAGAGGAUGUUACAAAAACGACUUGAUGAUGUUAGCGAGGAGCUUCGUAAGUCCCAGAGUAACUAUUCCAGCCUGCUGACAGAUACUGAGAAAACGAGAGGGGAACUGUGCACUACACUCAGUAGCUUCACCGAUCUUCAGGCUAAAAUGGUAUCCACAGAGGCUGACCUGAAGAGCAAAGUGGUGGAGCUGGAGAAGCUACACAGUCAACUGAUGGAGGCUGGCUCAGAGAAAGAACGUCUCGAGGAAAGAAUCAAGUCGAUCGAAGCUCUACUCGAGGCCGGUCAAAACAAAGAAACCGAGGAAGAACAUCCAGUUCAGGCCAUCCAACAGGAAGAACUGGAACAAUUGGGGAACAGGCUAAAGGAUAAAGAUGUUCAGAUUACCACUUUGGAACAGGAGGUACUGCAGCUCAAAGAAACAAUUGAACAGCAAAAAAACAAAAACAAUGACCUUCGAGCGAAAAACUGGAAGGCCAUGGAGGCUUUGGCAUCAGCCGAAAAAAUGAGCGGGGAGAAAUUCAUUGCUGCUAAGCAAAUAAAGGAACAGGCAGAGAACCAACUAAGAUUGGUCUGCACACAAACCAAAGAAAUGCUUCAGGGGCUGUUCCCAGAGGUGUCUGUAUCAUCACAACAGCUUUAUAGCGAUUGGUUGCAAGAGUUCAAACAGAAGACAUUGGAAUUCCUGAACCAGCCAAAUAAAGAUCCCUCAAAUCUAGCACUUAAGUUAAAAGAAGCUGAAGAAGCCCGAAGCACUUUACAAGCAGAUUGUGACCAGUACAGAACAGUUCUCGCUGAGACAGAGGGAAUGUUGAAAGACCUGCAGAAAAGCGUGGAAGAGGAGGAGCACGUAUGGAAAGGAAAGUUAGCAGAGUCCGAGGCAGAAGUUCAGAUGGCACAGCUACAAGUAAAAAAGUUAGACGACAUGCUGGAGAAAAUGAAGCUAGAAGCCCAAAACACAGAACAGAUGAAGGAUCGUGUUGUUGAAUUGGAGGUACAGCUACAGCACCAAUUAGAAUCUGCAGACUCAGUGUGUCAGAAAUACUCAGUAGAAGUAAAAGAGUUGAGCGAGCUCCUAAAUGAUGCACAAAGCCAGCUUGAAAUAGCCAAUAAAGAGGUACAGAAACACAGUGAGGAGCUUUCACAGGUGAGGCAGCGACUGUCUACAAUGGAGACCCAUAUGCGUGAUGGAGAGUUGGCUGAAUCGUUGUCUGAGCAAGUUGACCCUGCCAAGUUUAAAACCCAGUUGGAAGAAACUGUGAUCAGUCAGCAGAUACAAAGACAGCAGCUGGCUGAAGAAUUUGAAAAGGCCUGGAGAUCUGCACUAAACUUACAGGAAGAGUUGGAAAAGUUGAGAGCAGCUGGGGACAGUGUCACCUGUGCCGGAGAGGAUAUCGUUCAACUAAAGGAAAGACUUAACAAGGAAAAGAAAAUGACCAAGAACUUGAGUGAAGCUGCUGCAAAACUCCAGCAGAUGCUGAAGGCUACCCAGGAACAACUUAACAAGGAAAAAGAAACUGUUGUGAAGCUACAAACACAGAGACAGGAAAAGGAAGAGGAGAGGGCAGUGACGGAGGAAGGUAUGAAGGAGGGGACAUCCGUCUAAAGAGUCUACAGUUGCAGUGAACACUACUCGAACUUGCCAGAUGCCUUACAGAUAUAAUAGUUCUUAUGCCAUUCCUAAACUGUGUGCUCAGUAUUGUACCGUAGUUAAUUAUGAACUGUUAGUGAGCCAGUCAAAAGUUUGAGUAAAGUUCCAGUCACCAGUUUUUUUAAAAAGCUUUUUUGACUUUUCUUCUCAUUUUAAGACACAUUACAACGAAUGAGCUCUGACUGUGUCAGUGAGCUGAAAUCUAGAUGUCCACCUUGUAUAUGAAACAAAAUGACCUGAAUGCUCAGUUUACAUGAAAAGGGAAGCAAAUGUACUGUUGUGGGGAAUGUACAUUGAAAUGUGCAAUUAUUAUUAUUUUUUUCUUCAAGGAAAAAAUGAAUAAGCAAGAGAAAAGGAGCAAGUGAAGUUUAGGUCUUUCAAUGAUUUUUAUUCAGCUGUGAGGCAAACCUUGGCCAGUGACAUGAUUGGGUUGACAACAGAACAAGUUUUCACAACAUUCUUUUUUUGUUUUUCUAAAGGUUGUCCUUACGACAAAUAAAACAUUGUAACCGCUGUUCACCGCCCUGUGUGAUCUUUCCAUUGGGAAUAUCAACGGAUGAAUUGGAGACCUGUAUGCAGUUCAAAUUGAUGAAAUGGUGGCUUCUCCAAAUGUCCUCUUUUCCUAAGAAUGCAGUCAGGGCUGUUUGGCCCUGACCUGGUAUCUGUAUUUGUGCAUUUUGCCAAUAGACAGGGCUGAACUGGAUACCAUGGAUUAUUACAGUUCAUGAACCCAGUUAUCAUGUCUUUACUCUCACCCUGAUUACUUCAGAAAACCUUUCUGACCUUACAGUCCAGUUCUACAUCACAAAGUGCAUUUAUCAAAUGAUGUAAAUAGGGAAGCUUCCUCAAUAUUAAAACACAUAACAAUGAAAAUCAAAAGCUAAAUUUAUAAAAUUAAUGUUUUUGCACAUGUUCCAGUCUGAUCGUGAGGCUGAAUAUAAAGGAUUGGGGAAGCAAGUGAAGAAAGAAGUAAGCAUGUGAAAAGAAGGUAUGAGAAGGGAUUUAAUACAUGGAGGCGGAGGGAACGGCUGAGAUCCUAAGUACUUUGCACUUGUCUUCACCAAAGAAGAAGAUGCUACCAAAGUCACCAUGGAAGAAGGGUUAGUUAAUGCACUGGAUGAACAAAAAUCUCAGAAGCUACAUGAAAGGCUGGCUAUACUGAAAGUUGAUAAGUCAACAGAACCAGACCAGAUUUGUCUAAGCCCCAGAGGGAUAUCAAGGUGGGAAUUAACAAGGCACUGGUUGCAAUAUUCCAAUCCUCCUUAGACACACGGAUACUUGGCAGAGACCUGGAGAAAUCCUAAUGUUGCACCUAGUUACAUGACUCAAAACUAGUCAGUCUAACUUCAGUGAUGAAAAAGCUUUUAGAAAGUAAACAAAAAUAACAAAUACUUCGUUGAAUGCAUAUUAAGGAAAACCAGCAGAUUUGUCAAUGCAAAUUGAAUCCAAUUUUGUUUUUUUUGGUGAGUUAAUAAGCAGGGUUAAUGUCAACGAAGAUGAUAUGGUGUUCAUGAACUGCCAAGAUGUGUUUAAUAAAAUAUCACAAAACAGAUUUGUCAGCAAAAUUAAAGACCAUACAAAGAA